CGGCGACCGAGCUCUGUGUAUGUGAGGCAGAGGCAGAGAGAAAAUUUAGGAAUUCGUCUGCAGUCUUUGAGCUGCGCUGUCGCCAAAAUAAUGGCCUAACAGUCCUGCUUGCUGCUAGUGUUUCCUCGUGCAUGUGAGUGUCCUUCGGGUUAUGAGCAGUGGUAAGACGUCUCACUACAACCGAUACUCCGGAGGAGCAGCAGCCGCAGCAGCUGCAGUCACAGCAGCCAUCGCCAGCAGCCCUUCCACCCCCCCAGCAGACUCCAGCAGCGGGAGCAGGAUGGAGGCCUCGUUUGGCCCUACCUUCUCAGCCGUGGCUGCUGGAACUAAAGCAGAAGGGUCCAGCACCUACAAGCAGCACAGAAGAACUCCCUCCUCCUCCAGCACUCUAACCUACUCCCCUCGGGAUGAUGAUGAUGGAAUGCCUCCUAUUGGUACUCCGCGGAGGUCUGAUUCAGCCAUCUCGGUCCGAUCCCUCCAUUCCGAGUCCAACAUGUCUCUGCGCUCCACUUUCUCCCUGCAUGAAGAGGAGGAGGACACGGAACCCCAGGUGUUUGCUGAGCAGCCAUCAGUAAAACUGUGCUGCCAGCUCUGCUGUAACGUCUUCAAGGACCCUGUCAUCACCACAUGUGGGCACACAUUCUGCAGACGAUGUGCCUUGACUUCAGACAAGUGCCCAGUGGAUGCGGCAAAACUAACGGUUGUGGUGAACAACAUCGCGGUAGCGGAGCAGAUAGGAGAGCUGUUCAUCCACUGUAAAUACGGCUGCAGGGCCACAGGCAGCGGUGCGGGAGCGGCCGCAGCCUCCAAUGCCACAGUGGCUGGGAAGCCAGGAGCGUAUGAGGUGGACCCGCUGGGUUGCCCGUUCACCAUCAAACUGUCCACACGGAAAGAACAUGAGGCCAGUUGUGACUACAGGCCAGUCCGCUGUCCCAACAACCCCUCCUGCCCCCCACUGCUCACCAUGAACCUGGAGGCUCACCUCAAAGAAUGUGAGCACAUCAAAUGUCCCCACUCCAAAUAUGGCUGUACGUUCAUCGGUAACCAAGACACGUACGAAACACACCUGGAGGUGUGCAAGUUUGAGGGGCUGAAGGAGUUUCUGCAGCAAACAGAUGACAGGUUCCACGAGAUGCAGCUGACUCUGGCCCAGAAAGACCAAGAUAUUUCUUUCCUGCGUUCCAUGUUGGGCAAACUAUCAGAGAAAUUAGAUCAGCUAGAGAAGAACCUGGAGCUGAAGUUUGACGUGCUGGAUGAGAACCAGAGUAAACUGAGCGAGGACCUGAUGGAAUUUCGUAGAGAUGCCUCCAUGCUGAAUGAUGAGUUGUCCCACAUCAACGCCAGGCUCAACAUGGGAAUCCUGGGCUCAUACGACCCCCAGCAGAUCUUCAAGUGUAAGGGCACGUUUGUUGGCCACCAGGGUCCCGUCUGGUGUCUGUGCGUCUACUCCACUGGAGACCUGCUCUUCUCGGGAUCCUCAGAUAAGACUAUCAAGGUGUGGGACACUUGCACCACCUACAAGUGUCAGAAAACCCUUGAGGGUCAUGAUGGCAUCGUGUUGGCCCUGUGUAUCCAGGGAAACAAGCUAUACAGCGGCUCUGCAGAUUGCACCAUCAUCGUGUGGGACAUCCAGACCCUGCAGAAAGUUAAUACUAUCCGUGCCCAUGACAACCCUGUAUGCACACUGGUCUCCUCCCACAACAUGCUGUUCAGCGGCUCCCUCAAGGCCAUCAAGGUGUGGGACAUCGUAGGCACAGAGCUGAAGCUGAAGAAGGAGCUGACCGGUCUGAAUCACUGGGUCAGAGCAUUGGUGGCCUCCCAGAACCAUCUGUACAGUGGCUCAUAUCAGACCAUCAAGAUCUGGGACAUCCGCUCUCUGGAGUGUGUUCACGUCCUACAGACCAGCGGGGGCAGCGUCUACUCCAUUGCUGUCACUAACCACCAUAUCGUCUGUGGCACCUAUGAAAACCUCAUCCAUGUGUGGGAUAUUGAGUCUAAAGAGCAGGUGCGGACCCUUACAGGUCACGUGGGAACAGUUUACGCUCUCGCGGUCAUCUCCACCCCUGACCAGACCAAAGUGUUCAGCGCCUCCUACGACCGUUCCCUCAGGGUGUGGAGCAUGGACAACAUGAUCUGUACCCAGACCCUGCUGAGGCACCAGGGCAGCGUAACAGCUCUGGCUGUUUCCAGGGGCCGCCUCUUCUCCGGAGCUGUUGACAGCACCGUCAAGGUGUGGACAUGCUAAGUGAACAGUUUGCUCUGCAGUUGAGUCUAGUCGACUUCACGUCUUGUUAACGUUUCCACAUGAUUUCCUCCUCCACACUCGUUUCUUUGAUAGUGAUUUAACGGCCACAGACCAAUAAUAACCACCACUCCAUGAUCAAGCUGCAUUGGAACUGUUUUACUAAGUGUUGCUUUUAAAACUUUGAACAGACACUCUGACACGUCGACCCAAUCGUCAGGAUUGUGGGUCAGCUCCGGGUCACGCUCUUUGGUGACCGCAGUGACCCAGUGCAUUAUGGGGCAAAAUAAGACAAGCUGCCUUGCGGUUGCAACGCACUCCGCCAAAACUGAGAUUGAAUGAGCGCUGCACUCCUGUAAUCCGAGCAGGAAGCAGAGAGGAUUAUGGUUGUUGGAGUUUUUCAGACUGUAGAUGGUCCUGCCUGCUUCCUGCAGAUACACCUGCCAUUUAAGAACUGUACUGAUGAUGCCUAAUGUAUACUGUUCAAAUACAUGUAAGGGCUGGUUUCACAAACAUGGACUGACUCUACACUCAACGAUCUCAACACUUAUGUGACUUUUCAAAAGCCAAAUCACUCUUCCCAGAAUGCACCAAAACAUUACAACAAGUAAUUCAUUAAAGAAGUAAUUAAAUCUGUUACUAGGUCAUUUUAUGCAAAGGAAGUAGCAGCAGUUUUAUGCUGAGAUUAAUGUGAACAUAGUUUUCUCUUCUCAGACACCUCAGCGAAUGACCUUCUAUUUACUGCUUUAAGUAAUUUGAGCAGUGAUGGUCAAGGCCACAGACGAACCCAGUUACAACAUCUGAAUGCCAGCUUCAACUAGAGUCUGGAUCCACUAAGCCUUUGGCUAAACAUGUUUUCAGACUCUGCCUGCUUUCACACCUAAAACAGUUUGGUUAAAAAAAACAAAAGUGCUGCAUUUUUUACAUUUAGUUUGGUACAGUUGCUCUGAUGACAGCACUAUCAGUGUAACGGUGGUGUACUGUCUGUAUGGGUGGGGUCUAAGAGCUGUUCGUUUGUCACGUUUUUCAUCUUGUUUCUGCUCCUGUUGUUGUUGUUAGUUAAAGUCUCGAUUGAUAAUAUGGAUUAUUGGUUAUUUCUUCAUGUGAUACCAAGAGAACAUAAAUAUAUAUGUAAGAGGCAGGACAGUGCAGUGUGAUCAGAAUUUGACUUGCCCACAUGGGUCCACGUGGGGCCAAUGAAUGACUUCAUGCUUACAGUUCUACAGCCGACGUGAACUCGAAAUAGAACAGAACCAAAAAGGAACAAUGUAGAACCAUCAGAGGUUCGAAAGCAACUUUACCCGACAGUCUGCUUGAAAUGAAUUAUCCACUGCAGUUUCAGACCAGUCAGUGUACUGACCAUUCCUGAGAAAUGCACAUAUUAACAUGGAUGAGUGCAGGUGCAAUAACACGUUUUCUCACUCCCUUGUUCAUUGUAGUUGUCGCCCAGUUCAGUUUUGUGAAACCAACCUUUACAAAACACCUUUUACUAAGUGAAGACUUUAAAGAAAAUGACAGAUCUAUAGAUUUACUGAGUUUUAUAUUAGUGCCAUGAUAGAGCUGUAUUCAGAGCCACUCCCAACAGUUGUACAGUUGUGUAAAGUAACAAAGUGCCGAGCCUGGACAUGUGCCCAUGAGAAUGACUCACGCUGGCCUACAUAACAGAGAGACAGGCAGAGAGGAGGAGACAGAGUUUGUGCGCAUGUAUGUGUCUGUUAUUGUGUAUACGUGAGUGCAUUUCAACGAGUGCCAUAUAUGCAGAUGAAAACUUAGGAAAGACUGCAAUGAUGCCUGCUCCUCCCCUCUCUCUGUCUCCCUCCUCCCUCUCUCGGAUCUCUAUCAUCAGCUGGAUAGAUAAAAACACAACCACAGAUGAACACUUGACGGCUGUAGCACUCGAUGGACUCGCAGCGAAGGCAGGCGGUGGAAUUAACCUCAGAAUUCCCAGAGCAAAGUGCCAUUAAGCUAAAGCGAAGUCCUGUUUUCCUAAAUUAUGUUUGAGGACCCACAUUGGGCUGAAAAUAUGAACGAUGACUAAACAUGCCCGGGAGGGAAGUUUUUAAACUAAUGAGAUCGUGUACCACCCACAGCAAAUUUAGACACCGCAGCCAAAUUAGAUUUUUACAGAUAUUCCGAUGUAUUUUGCUUUUAUUUCAAUGCAAAUAUGGCCACUACUUCCUGUAGCCUUGUUGAGAAAGGUAGAGGAGGGGCAGAGAGAAAGUGUCUUCACUGGUCACGGUUUCAGUGAUUUCUUGUAGACUUGUAAUCAUGUAAAAGCCUGAGUUGAUCAUUGAUCAGUAAAACUGUUGUACACUU